CUUUACCUUUUCUUUUCCUUUCUUUUCUUUUCUUUGCUCUUGGAAUGACCAAGAGAGGAGAGAGAAUACGAAUCCAUACGCCAAUUUGGUUUAUAUAUAUAUGAUUUAGACCUCCCCCGGCGAUCAAUCUUCAAUCCAUUUAUCCAGCUAUCCAUCGAUUCUUGCUAACAGCAAAACGAAACAAAAAAAGAGCACAAAGAAUGGCACUCCCCCGCCCCCGCGCCUUCAACUUCGCCCACGACGUUGUCGAUGCCCAGCCGCGCGACGCCCAAGCCAUGUUCUGGGUAUCCGCGGACGGGGCGCGACAGCGGCAGCUCAGCUACGGGUAUUUCGCGUCGCGGUCGCGGCGCGUGGCGAGCUGGUUGCUAGAGCUGGGGCUGCGGAGGGGCGACGUCGUGCUGCUGGUGCUGCCGCGGUGGGUGGAGUGGUGGGAGAUCGCGGUGGCGGCGCUAAGGGCGGGCAUUGUGCUCUGUCCGGCGACGACGCUGCUGGUGGAUAAGGAUCUGGCGUUUCGGUGCCAGCAGACCAGGGCGAGGGUGUUUAUUGGGGAUGAGGUGGGAGUGGCCAAGGUGAGGCGCGUGAGGGACCAGUGUCCGGAUUUGGAGACGGUGGUGUGUGUCCGGGAGGAGGAGGGGCGGGCGACGACGGCUGGUGAGGAGGAGGACGGGGUGGUGGAUUUUAGGGAGGCUGUGGAGAGGAGCUCGUCGGUGUGGGAUGAUGGGGAGGGGAGGAGGACGGGACCGGAGGAUCCGGCAUUGAUUUUCUUCACAUCGGGGACGUCGGGACCGCCGAAGAUGGUGAGGCAUAGUCAGAUCUCGUAUCCGUUGGCUCAUAAGAUUACUGGGAAGCACUGGCUGCAGCUUGAGCCGGGGAAGUUGUACUGGAAUCUGUCGGAGCAGGGCUGGGCAAAGGCUGCUUGGUCCUUCUUCGGGACCUGGAACUGCGGUGCCAGUCUCUUCAUCCACGAUGAUCGCCGCGCCUUCAGCGCUACGCGACUGCUGGACAACCUGCACAAGUACCCCAUCACCACCCUGUGCGCGCCGCCGACCGCCUAUCGACAACUCGUCCUGCAAGAGAACCAGAAAUAUCUCAAGGCGCACCCGCCCCGCGCGCUGGAGCACUGCACUGGCGCGGGAGAGCCCCUGAACGACAGCGUCGUCGAGACUUGGCAGCAGAUGACCGGCCUGCCGAUCCAUGACGGCUAUGGGCAGACCGAGACCAUCAUGGUGUGUGGGAACUUCCGCGGGAUGAAGAUCAAGCCGGGCUCCAUGGGCAAGCCGUCCCCCGGCGUGCCGCUCUUCGUCAUUGAUGCCGACGGGAAGGAAUGCCCGCCGGGCGUCGAAGGCGACAUCGCCAUCCUGCGGUCUAGCGAUAGCUUCUUCGGCAUCUUCGACGGUUAUCUGAGUCCGAAUGGUGAGCUCGAUCGCCGCAUCAAGAUACUCGGAGGCCGGCCUUGGUACCUCACUGGGGAUCGGGCCACGCGCGACGAGGAGGGGUAUUUCUGGUUUGUGGGGAGGUCGGAUGAUGUGAUCAACUCUUCUGGGUAUCGAAUCGGCCCCUUCGAAGUAGAAUCGACACUCAAGCUACACCCAGCCGUAGUUGAGUCGGCGGUCGUAGCCUCUCCCGACGCGAACCGGGGCGAGGUCGUCAAGGCGUUCAUCGUGCUAACCUCUCAGUACUCCGCAAAGACGCACAGCGAGGCCGAGAUUGCGAGCUUGACACGGGAGAUCCAGGAGUUCUGCAAGGCGCACGCGGCACCGUACAAGUAUCCGCGGAAAAUCGAGUUCGUAGGCGCCAACUUCCUGCCGAAGACCAUCAGUGGGAAGAUUAAGAGGGCGGAGUUGAAGGCGCUGGAGCGGAAAAGGGGAGGCGCCGCGGAGUCACAGGGACGAGGUGCAAAGCUGUAGUCAAGUGAUGGAUGGAUGCGGUUUGCACAAAUGAUUCUUCAUUCCCUAUAGCAUACUGCUGGAACUGAGAUUGGGCCUGUGCUAGCGUAUAGAGUCUUGCUGAAGAAACCGCACUUGGAGAGAAUGAUAGAUGCGGCAGAGUAGCGUAUAGAAUAUGCAUGUUAGAUGAUAGAAAGUUAUCAAGCCAGCGUCCUUUAAUCAAUUCGAGGAGCAAUAGACCAAUGCGGAUAUAUCCACGACGGAGCAUCGAAGGGUUCAUCCUUCCAAGUCGGACCAACCAGCGGCAAGAGCUCGUCAAGAAAGACCU